GGAGAGAGUGGCAAAAGCACGUUCAUCAAACAGAUGAGAAUCAUUCAUGGAUCAGGUUACUCUGAUGAAGAUAAAAGGGGCUUUACAAAACUGGUGUAUCAGAAUAUAUUUACAGCAAUGCAGGCCAUGAUCAGAGCCAUGGAUACCCUCAAAAUCCCAUACAAGCAUGAACACAAUAAGGCUCAUGCACAGUUAGUUCGAGAAGUCGAUGUAGAGAAAGUGUCAACUUUUGAGAACCCCUACGUAGAUGCAAUAAGAAGUUUAUGGAAUGACCCUGGAAUCCAGGAAUGUUAUGACAGACGACGGGAAUAUCAGUUAUCGGAUUCAACUAAAUACUAUCUUAAUGACUUGGACCGCAUCGCAGAUCCGGCCUACCUGCCAACUCAGCAAGAUGUGCUUAGAGUUCGAGUCCCAACAACAGGGAUCAUUGAAUAUCCGUUUGACUUACAAAGUGUCAUUUUCAGAAUGGUGGAUGUAGGAGGCCAACGAUCGGAAAGAAGAAAAUGGAUACAUUGCUUUGAAAAUGUCACAUCUAUCAUGUUCCUAGUAGCCCUUAGUGAAUAUGAUCAAGUGCUUGUGGAGUCGGACAAUGAGAAUCGAAUGGAAGAAAGCAAAGCACUCUUUAGGACAAUUAUCACAUAUCCAUGGUUCCAGAAUUCUUCAGUCAUUCUGUUCUUAAAUAAAAAAGAUCUCUUAGAGGAGAAAAUUAUGUACUCCCAUCUAGUUGAUUAUUUCCCAGAGUAUGAUGGACCACAACGGGAUGCACAAGCGGCACGAGAGUUCAUCUUGAAGAUGUUCGUAGACCUGAAUCCAGACAGUGACAAAAUUAUCUACUCCCACUUCACAUGUGCUACAGACACAGAGAAUAUCCGCUUUGUCUUUGCUGCUGUCAAGGACACGAUCCUACAACUAAACCUGAAGGAGUACAACCUGGUCUAACUGUGCCUAGGAGGCCCUCCAAGACCACCUUUGCGUGAUUGAAGAUAUACAAGAGGGACUGUAUUAUCUGUGAAAACAAUUUGCAUAAUACUAAUUUAUUGCCGGCCUGGACUCUGUGAAUGUCCACAGAGUUUGUAGUUAAUAUUAUGAUUUUAUUUAAACUAUACAGAGGAAAAAAGCAAAAGAUGCUGAAGUACAUUCACAGCACAUUUCCUCAUUUUUUAGGCAAAACCUUGUGACUCAAUGUGUUUUAAAUUCUCAGUCGUACACUCACAAAGGAUAGCAGUUUGUUUGCUAUUGAAGCAAAGUCAAGCUGGUUUCCUCUUUCCCCGACCCUUUCUCUCCCCCUCCUUCCCCUACCCUCUUAUCUUUUUAAAGGUACAAUGGCCUUUGUUUCCCCAGUUGCGUUCCUUGGUAAAAUAUUUUCUGUUGAGUGAUCAGGAAAAUACUAUCAUCUGAAUUUAAGACAUCAGACAUUCUAAUUUUACAGUAUGUACUUUCUCUGAAGGAUCAAAAGUAUUGAUACUGUGAUUUUUAAAUUCUUGACAUGGAUGUUUUCAUUCUGUCUUCGCUUUUGGAGCUAGAAUAUUUGCAAUUGCAAAAUAGAAUUACAGUUAUGUAUGAAUUUUAAGUUUAACCAUACUCUCGCAGCUCAGAAGGAUGCACAGAAGACAGUAAUGAAAUAAUUAGGACACAAACCUGGGAUAUACGUGGAAUAUGAUAGAAUCUCUUUUUAAUUGCCAUGUGCCAAUUUUUUCUCUUUUCUUUUACUCACAAAUGCCAAACAAAAAUGUCAUAGACACUACAUUUUCCCUAGUGGCUAUAGCCUGAAACAGUGUUUUUUUCAGUUGUGUGGGUUUUUUCUUAAGUUAGAGCUUUUUAAAAUGUUUUUUUUCCACAGUAGAAAAAUUAUUUUUUAUUGUAUAAGACUAAUGUUGCCAAAUCUGGCUUUUUAUAAAACCGAUACUCUUGAAACGUGAGAUACUGAUUAAAAUGCCAAGUUGAUGGAUUGGGAACUGACCUGGUUGAGUCAACUGCCAAAUGAUAAACAAACAUAGUUUCAGCUCAUGUGUUCCCUUUUUUAGAAAGUGUUCCAUUUUCUAAUGCCAAAAACAACAGUGUGAGUGAAUAUGCUACUAGGUGCACCAUGCACAUGCAUAUGGUCUACUAAUUUGAAAACAGUUUAACUCUCUCCUUAUGUCAGAGAUGGCAUGAGAUUGCAUAGAAUGUUUUCUGUGAUAAUAUCAAGGCACCUUUAGUUGUACAACAUGAAAUUAUUGAUGAGUGAUCACACUCAGGAACCUUUCUUGGUAAGGUUGCUUGUUAACUGAUUCACAGACAUUUGAUAGGCUUUGCGCAAAAUAGCCUCUCUCGAUGUUCUUUAAAAAUAAUUAUUAAUGUACAUGAAAUGGUGAGAAAAAAAUCACUCUAGAAAUUUAAAUGUGCAAUUUUUUUAACAACAAAAAUACAGCACACGUUGAUGAGCCUUUAUUCUGCAGCUUGGGUUGGAAAGUGGUUUUUGACCAGAUACGUGAUUGCUAGGAAGCUACAGAGAACUCAGAGGUCAGACAUGUAAUUGGAUUGAUUAUCUGCAAUGCUAAGUAGCACUAGAGUGCACUUAACACAGAGAUUGCUGCCUCAUUAGCCGCAGAGGGGAGGUGGAAAAAAGAAUGGCGGGUUAGUGGAGGACCCAAGUUACC